AGCUGCUCAGUGCGCUUCAGCCGGACUCGACGCGGAGCUUCAUUUUCUGUCUGUGCACGCUGAGCCAGCGCUUUAUUUCAAAUGAAGCGUCUUCUCAUUCCGCUAAUAAGUUUCUAUACGUGAUAUAAAAGCUGUCUUCGCCAUGAGCUGCUUGGAUGUCAUGUAUCAAGUUUAUGGUCCACCUCAACCUUAUUUUGCCGCAGCAUACACACCAUAUCACCAUCAGAAACUGGCAUUUUACUCGAAAAUGCAAGAAUCCCCAGAAACAGUGAGCGGAAGCAGCUCUUCUUUUUCGAACCUCUCCGGGCCACCUAUAAAAGAGGAGGACUGCGCCCGGGAGAAAGAUCACCCGCCAGAGGCUGAGUACAUCAGCUCCAGAUGUGUGCUAUUCACGUAUUUCCAAGGGGACAUCAGUUCGGUGGUGGAUGAACAUUUUAGUCGGGCUUUGAGUCAGUCCGGUAGUUACGCACCUGGAUCCACCAACAGCAAGACCGCAAGAGGAUCUACAGAGCCUCAGUGGCCUGAAAUGGUUUGUCCAUACGUUGUGCUGUAUCUGCAGCUGGGACAGGUGCCACUCCAGCUCUCCUUAAACAGACACUCUCUGUUUCGUGUUGCACAGCAGACCCCCCUCUUCUCUCAACAGUUGCCGUGGUCACAUUGA